AUGUUAAACAUUCCAUCCACAUUCAUUUUUCUUUUUUUCUUUGAAAUACAUUCCGUUAUUAGUACAGCGAAUAUUGAUCAGUUUUAUUCCUUAUCGAAUGAUGAUAUUCCAUCUCCGUUUGUUGAUGACCCGUUUGAAAAUGACGAACAGUCGAUAGCAAAUCACUCUAUUAAACGUCGACAAGUAUCAUUAAACAUUUUGACAAGUCAACAAGCCCGUCUACCGAUAGUUCCUUCUUAUAUGAUAUUUGGUCCCCGAACGAUCCGCCCAGCUGAAAAAGUGGAACUGAGUGUCACAAUCUUACGUGAUGACUGGAAUCCAAUGACGGUCAAAGCAUUAAUAUCAAACGACGAUAUGGAUGUGGCAUCGGUAGAAGAAACAUUUUAUACGAAUGUUCCAAAUUCUCUCGUUAUGAUGAUACCACCAAAUGCUCGUAUGGGAACGUAUCGGCUCACAUUAGUAGGAAAACUAUCGAGUGGUGAACAAAAAUUUUAUAAUCAGUCAGAGUUGUUAUUUGAUCAAAAAGCUGUGUCAAUUUUAAUACAAUUAGAUCGACCCGUUUAUCGUCAGGAAACAGUUGUACAAUUUCGAUGUAUUCCGGUGUACCCGGAUUUAGCAGGCUAUUACGGUACAAUAGAUGUUUACAUGAUCGGACCCUCUGGACAUACUCUCCGAAAAUGGGAAAAUAUGCAAACGACAGCCGGUAUGAUUAGUUUAGAAUAUCCGAUUAACGAUGCACCACCGGAGGGUACUUGGACAGUUAAAUGUCGUGUUAUGGGUUACGAGGCAACAAAAACAUUUGAAAUAUACGAGUUUUAUAGUAGAAAGUUUGAAGUCAAUGUCACGGUUCCAUUUUAUAUACCAGCGGAUGCUCCAGGUGUUUCGGGUAUUGUUGUUGCCAAUUAUUCAACAGGAAUGGGUGUUCAAGGUUAUGCUAGAGUUUAUGUUCGUGCUCGUGAUAUGACACAAUUAUAUGAUCCAAGAAAUAAUCCAUUACCUGAUGUUGAAUUCGAUCGAACAACACCGACAUUUGUCUCAUUUAUUGAUGAUUUCAAUGGUGUUGCUUCAUUUUACGUACCAAUGUCAACGAUACGUUCACUUGUACCUAAUUUGGAUGGAAGUGAAAUUUUGAUUACGGCAACGGUACACGACCCAUGGUGGAAUGAGACAAAUAACGGUACAACUGUGGUAUCAUUUUAUCAACCAGGCACAUAUCUGAACUUUUUGGGAGGUGCUAGUAUGGUUUUCAAACCGAGAAUGUUAUAUACAACAUACAUCGCCGCUGUUAAUUCCGAUGGUUCUAAAUAUAGACCUGGUCCAGGACGUUUUAUUCGUGUAUAUACAAAUACAGAUUUGGGUCAAUCACAAGCGUAUCAGGAUUAUCCUAUUGAUAAUACAGCUAUUGCACAACAUCAAUUUUUGGCUCCCAGUGAUCCAUCUAUAACAAUCUUAAUUAUACGAGCUGAAUUAUAUGAUAACAAUAUUAAAGUACAAAAUAGCGAUGUUGAACAACGUGCAAUUCGUUAUUUAUCGCCAAGUAACAGUUAUAUACAAGUAACAUCGAGUACAUCAAAUCCAAAAGUGGGUGAUUUUAUGAUAUUUCGUGUAAAUAUUACACAAUUUACUGAAGCUGUCUAUUAUCAUAUAACAUCAGCAGGACGUCUGAUAUAUACAGAUAUAUUGCGUAUGGAUCAAUCGAAACAGAAAAGUUUCGAUGUAGGUGUCACUCGAGAAAUGGCUCCGAGUGCUCAUAUCAUCGUAUAUUAUAUACGCUACGAUGGGGAAAUAGUAGCUGAUAGUAUGAAUUUUCAUGUGAAUACAUCAUCUGUUACAAAUCAUGUCAAUAUAACGGUUAAUAGGCGAAAAGAUUUUACUGGCAAUACUAUUGAAAUACUAGCUUAUGCAUCACCACAAUCAUUAGUGGCAUUUGCUGCGUUAGGUUUGCCUCAGUAUCGUCUGUUUCCACCGGGAAAUCAUUUUGAUCCAAUUGCUAUAUAUGAUGAAUUAUAUUCGUUUGACCGAUAUGCUACUCAAAGUUUUCAACAAACAUGGAAUCAGGAAAUGAAUGUACCUUAUUCACGUGUCUUCUUUCCAUCUCAGUCGUAUGGUUAUGAUGCUGGAUCUACAUUCAAUUCAACUGGAUUGCAAUUAUUUACCAAUAUAGAGAUAAAAGCUAUUCAGACUGCUUGUACACAGUCUGGUUUAUUCCAGUGUAAUGAUGGUAAUUGUUAUGCGCCACCGCUUCGUUGUAAUGCAGUUAUUGACUGUCGAGAUGGUGCUGAUGAGGCUAACUGUAAUUAUACAAGAAGUGGUCGGUAUAAUUUUACGCCAUUAUCAAGACGUUUAUGGCCAUACUGGGAGCGCGAAUUACAACUUCAUUUUAUGUGGCAUCAGCAAUUUGCUUAUCCUGAUGGUCGUGUUCAAUUUCGCAUAGCAGUUCCCAAUGUCAUCGCCAGUUGGGUCAUUACAGCUGUGGCCGUUAGUCGUUUAACUGGUUUUGGUGUUCUUGAUGUUCCACAUAUUUAUGAAGGUACACGACAAUUUUUUAUUAAAGUUGAAAUACCACCUAUUGUUCGCUUUGGCGAACAAAUCGGCGCACGUGUUGACGUAUUCAAUUUUCAAUCUCAUCGUAUCGAAGCAUUAAUUAUUUUGCAUGCAUCUGAUAAAUAUCGUUUUGUUAAUUUGGAUCAAAAUGGUUUAGUGUCAUCAUAUUCACCAAGGUUAACUGAUGGUCAACAUCAUGUUCUAAUCAUACUUUACCCUAAUGAAGUUCGACGUAUAUCAAUACCAUUUGUUCCUAUUGUUGCUGGUGAAGUUGAAGUGAUGAUCGAAGGUAUAACGGGUGUAUCAAGGGAUUUUUAUCGUGAAAUAAUCAAAGUGAACUAUGAAGGUGUUAGAAAUUAUUAUCAUACACCAACGGUAUUGUUACUCAAUAAUUUACCAAGACAAAUGAAUGAAUAUGAAGUGAAUGUGACACAAAAUUUUAUAUUGCCGUUAAAAAAUUUUUUUUUGUAUAUUCCUGGUUCAGCCACAUGUGAAGUAUUCGUUUCCGGAGAUGUCGCUGGUCCCUAUUUUCUUCUCGGAUACGAUGAAUGGUUAAAUACUGAUAAUUUGAUAAUGCGAACAACGGCACCAGCCGAUUCUGGUAUAUUUGAUUUUUCAAUGAUGGUCUAUAAUUUAAAAUAUAUGUUACAAGGUCAUGGUGGACGAGCAUUUGACAACGAAAAAUUAAUGAAAGUGUUGACCUUUGCUAAUAUGGAAUAUUUACGCUUUAUGGCCAUGUAUAUUGGUGAUAAUAUUGAAGAUCCAUGGAGAAAAGGAUCAUUUAGUGAAUUUGGUUUUUCAAAUGAAUCCUCUAUAUGGUUGACAUCAUGGGCACUUAUGGCAUUAAAAGAUGCUGUUUAUCCAGAAUGGGAAGAAAAAGCACUUUACAUUGAUCCAAAUUUACGUUCGGAUAUUGUAGCGUUUCUUUGUCUAACUCAAACAAUAAAUGGUUCUUGGGCUGAAUUUAUAACACCGAAUGAUCGUAAUAAAUUUGGUUUACGUGUUACAAAUAUUAGUAAUAUGUUUCAACAAUUAAAUUUAUCGUUGACGGCACAAGCCAUUAUAGCAUUAAAAUUGAACACAGAUAUACGUGGACCAGCUGCUAGAUUAAUAACCGGUGCUAUUGAUCGUGGAAGAUUAUGGUUAGAAAAAUAUUUUCGAAGUAUUACCGAUGCGUUUGAUAUGGCUAUUGUAACAUAUGCAUUACACGUAACGAAUAGUGCUGAUCAAAAUGCCGCAUUUCUUCUACUAGAUAAAUUUCGACAAACAAAUGAAAAUGGUAUAUAUUACUCAAAUCGUAAAAUACCUGGUAUGGAAAAAACAUGGCCUAAUAUAAAUCCGCGUUAUGGUCCAAAACCCGUACAAAGUGAUUGGGAAGCACAUGCUGUGGCCGCAACAGCCUUUGUCUUAAUGACAUAUACACAAAGAGCUACAGCAAAAGAAGCUGAACAAAUAAUGUUAUGGUUACAAUCGAUGCGUAAUUACAUCGGAGGAUGGGGAGCAUCUUAUGAUACGGUUAUUGCUCAACGAGCUAUUGUCAGUUAUUCUGUUCUACGUGGUUAUGAAAUAACAAAUUAUAAUAUACGAAUUAAUUUGACAUCAUCAUCAUCAGCUGAUCAGGAACAUGAGCCUAUUGUUAUCACUGACGAAAACUUAAUUGAAGCUCAAGUAAGAAGUGUACAAAAUGUUUGGGGUGUAUUAUAUGUUGAUGGUUUUGGUAAUGGUUACGCAUUAGUACAAAUGCAUGUCGGCGUUAAUGUUGAAUUUCCGUUUUAUGUUCGUCGUCCUGACUAUGAAGCAUUCCGAGUUGAUAUCGUACCAUAUUUAAGUGGAAGAAAUUUUUCUACAAUCGAUUAUAACGUAUGCCUUGGAUGGAAUCCUAAUAAUGUUAUAAAAUUAGGAGCAACACGUAGUGGUACGGCUGCAAUCGAAAUACAGAUACCAACUGGUUAUCGUGUUGAAGAACGUGAUUUAAAAGUCUUAAUACGUACAUUUACUAUAAGAAAUUUACGAGAAGCUGAAAAUUGGCCAGGACAAAUUAAUUUUCUAUUUGAUUAUGUUGAUGUUGAUCCAAUAUGUUUUCAAUUUCAAGCUAAACGUUGGUUACCGGUGGCUAAUGUUUCACGUUAUUAUGAAGUUAGAGCAUAUGAAUGGCUGGAGCCGGGAAAUAUGAAUCGAUCUGUUUAUCAGUUGAGAAAUUUAUUUGGAUUAGAUAUCUGUGAAAUUAUGGAAAAAGAAUAUCCAUUACAUUGGUAUGUUUGGCAUAAUGAACCAGAAAAAUUAGAAAGUAUUCUAAAAGAUACUAAGGAAUCUAUUGAACAACUCGAUCCAAGACACCGAACACCAAUCCAAUUAGCGGUCUGUCUAGGACGAUUGGAAUGUGCAAAAAUUUUAGCUCAAAAUGAUGCCGAUUGUACCGUUGUCUCAAAAGAUGGAUGGAAUCUUUUACAAGAAGCUGUUUCCAAUGGAAAUCAACCAUUAAUCAAAUUAAUAAUGAAAUAUCGCAAUUAUCAAAGAAAUAAAAAUAGAAUUCAUGGUAUUCCCGAUUUACUUCGAAAAUUAAAAGAAUCUGAGUUUUAUGUCGAGAUGAAAUGGGAAUUUACAAGCUGGGUUCCACUUGUGUCAAAACUAUGUCCCAAUGAUACUUACAAAAUUUACAAAAGUGGACCAAAUGUUCGUAUCGAUACAACUUUGUUGGGAAUUGAAGGUACAAAUUGGCAACGUGGCAAUCGUACAUUAAUCUUUUCGUUACUUGAUGAUUCAGCAAAGAUGCUCGAUAUCGAUCAUGAAACGCAGACAGUAUUUAUUGAAAAUCUGACCAUGCCCGGUGAAGAACCACUACUAAUUGAUCCAGAUAUCGAACAGAUUGACUCAAAAUUAUCAUCGCCAAACAUGACAGUUUAUUUGGAUGUUGAUAAAAUUGAAUUUGAAAGGAGUAAAUCUGGCGUAUGGGGUAUGCGAUCGGAAAAAACUGAAACAAUCAAUGGCUAUCCGUGUAAAGUUUAUUCGGUACAAAAUUUUGCACUUGUAACGCGUACGCGUGUUGAACAUAUGACAGCUGAAGAGAAAAAAGCUCAUGAAGCAGGAAAUACGUCGAAUAAAAAUUUUCUGGGUGGAUUAACUUCUUUUCUUGAAUCCUCAUCCUCGUCAUCCAAACCAGCAACAACAACAACAAUAAAAUCAAACAUACCGGCAACUACUCAGGAGCAAUCCAGAUCAUCAGCAAGUGCAUCGGCAAGUGCAUCAGCAUAUACUGAAACGUCUACAACAUCCACACAUCAGCAGCAACGGUCAGUAACAGCUGAAGAAUAUUUUAAUCCUCGUGUCGAUUUAAAAUACCGUGAUGUUGGAAGGCAGCGUGAAGAAACAGUAAAAACUCAAACAUUCAAUGCACAGCUUAGUUUAUGUGAUAAUUAUCCGCUGAGUUUACAAGAACAGAUACUUCCAAUUAUUGAUUUAAUGGCCAUUAGUAAUUCACAUUUCAAAAAGUUACGUGACUUCGUCACCUUACAAUUACCACAAGGAUUUCCAGUAAAAGUUCAAAUUCCAUUGUAUCAUGUUUUAACAGCCAAAGUGACAUUUGGAAACAUACAUGGAAUUGACAAACCUGUUCAGGGCGUUUCUACAAUAACAGAUGAUGCCACUGGUUCAUUUUGUGCUGUUGAUGAAAAUAUUUUUAGCAUACCACCAGGUUAUAGGCGACAAGGAGAGGGAGAAGGUUUCCAUCCACUUAUGUAUAUGGAUGACGAUGCAUUAUUACAAAUGGCUAUUGAACGUAGUUUAUUAGAAUCAUCUGGCAAUGAUGCAGUGACAUUGUAUGAAGCUUUAGAACAUCCACCAUUGUCUAACAGAUUUAUGCAAAGUAAUAAUGUCGAUUAUGAUCUACAACGUGCCUUAGAGGCUAGCUUAUUAACAUCUGGAUUAAGUGAAACCGAAGUUCAAGAAGCAUUAAGACAACAUCAACAACAGCCUCUACUUGAAACAGAAAAUAUAUCAGCGAUCAUGGAAAUUUCAAAACGUGAAGAAGAAGAACGUUUAAAACGUUUGAAAGAAGAAGAGGAAGAAUUUGAGAAAGUUUUACAACUUUCAUUGCAAGAGAAAUAG